GUGACCUGUCGUUUGGUUUGCUGGAUGCUGACCGCCUGGGGUGCUGAAAGUGUGACCGUCUUUCCUCGGAUUGCGGUGACAUCAUCGUUGAAUUGCGUGACUGGAACGGCUCAUCUGUGACUGCAAACCUACACAGUCAUGGACAGCUUCUGAGGUCCAGGAGAGAUUGGAUGAGAUGCUUAGGGAACAGAAAGCGACAAAGAGUGUCGUGUGUCAACAAACAGCCAGGGCUCUGGAGCCCAUUGAUGAUCCGACUUCUCUGCCUCCUCAUAGGUCAGUAACAGCCACACCGUCAACCGAUAACACUUUAGACAAAGUUCUGACCAUGUUAGAAAAGACUAUUGUGUGCAAUGCUCAAACUGUUCGUGGUGGUUGGCCUAAGAAUUCUAACAAACUGAGCCGUGAAUGUAAAGUUUGUAAUAGCAAAGACCAUAGUACUACUACUCAUUGCAGGAUGUAUAAUCUCUGUUUUAAAUGUUUUUCUUCUGGACAUAUGAGCUUUAACUGUGAGAAAAUCAUGCCCAAGGAAAACACUGGCAGGCAAGAUAAUGUCGCGUCUCAGGGAAACUAGAGAGCCUCCAUUGGGGGGAGGGCAAUGUGGGGCAUGAUGAUAGUUCCUCCUUAAACGCUGAUGUUGAAUCGGUUUAUUCAUUUUAUUGUGAGAGUGUAGGCAAAGAUAAAACUGUGAUUUUUCAAAAUACUAUUCAGUCAAUGCAGAGUGACAGUCUGUUCUACACCAGUGUUUUGGUACAGGACAAGGUUUGUCUUAAGGGAAUGCUGGACAGUGGCUCUAUGGCGACUACCUUGAGUGCUAGUGUGGUGCCUCAACUAAGAGAAGCCGGAGUCCUGGAUCAGGAGUUGUUUCCUCCGUCAGACAUUGUCCUGGUUGGGUGCGGUGGGAAGCAGACUAGUCCUGCAGGUAUGUGUGAUCUGAAACUUGAGGUGUACGGAUUCAGUUUUAGUGUACCAGUCCUUAUUGUGAGUGGACAAGUAGACCAGCUUAUCAUUGGCACUAAUGUACUGAAACCCCUGAUCAGAGAGAUGAAAUCAAAUGAGGGAUUUUGGAGAGUUCUAGAUAAACCAGACCAAUCAAAUCAGAGCGAAGACUGUCAGUUUCUGCGUAAGCUUUCGUGCAUCAAGAGAUGGAGGGGUAGUACUAUCCCGGACAAAGUUGGUACUUUAAAGUCUAAGUCUGCCGUGGUUUUGCAGCCGAUGAGCGAACACCUUGUCUGGGGUCGACUACCACCAGGGCUAAAACUCUCAGUGGGCAGCACGGUUGUAAUUGAACCUAGUACUUCUCGCUGUGUCCACCGUAAUGUGCUUAUCGGUAGAGUAAUCUCUCCCUUAUGGGGCGACGGUUGGCUCCCGGUGAAAAUGAUAAACCCGACGAACUCAGAAAUUGUGCUGCGCAAAAAUGCGAAAUUGGGUGAUGUCUACCCAUGCAUUGCUUUGGAAGAUUUUGAUAAUGUGCAAGGACAACGAGUUUUCCAGAACGUAGCCAUGAACAGCGGUAGUGCAUGUGGUAGUUUGUCAGCAAAGAGCUCAGUGUCUGGUGCUAAUCACUUCAAUGACAUUAGUUUGGAUGAACUGGGCCUAAAUGACUUAAACUUAAAUGACUGUGAGGUGUCGCCCUUUUAAAGAAGCAAGCUCAUUGAUCUGAUAAAGAAAUAUGAGUGUGUUUUCUCUAGGCAUUCGUUGGAUUGCGGUGAAGCGAAGGGGUUUUGUCACCGCAUUCGGUUGACCGAUGACAAACCCUUCCAGUUACCGUAUCGCAGAGUUU